AUGGACGACCCUGAAACCGCUCCAGUCCCGAAUACAUGGCCAAACGCCCGGGACGAGGACUCCCGUCCCCGGAAACGACGGCGGAAAUACAUCACCAAAGCAUGCAACGAAUGCAAACGCCGCAAGAUCAAAUGUAACGGCCAAUCACCCUGCCAACGCUGCGGCCGGCAGCAGAUCGACUGCGUCUACGCGGGGAGGACGCGACCCGACCAGAGUGACCAGCAAAGGAAUAUGUCUCGUCUCAUUGAGCAAAUGUCCGCCAUGCAGGAGCAGAUCUCGGCGCUCUCGGCUGCGGUCUAUGCGCUCUCGCGAGCUGGCAACUCACCGCAGGACCAGGGGCGAGUGUUCCGUCGGCCUUCGUCAGCGAGGGAGUUGACCUUUCAGGGUCCGACGACUUCGGCGUUUAGUUUUGGUUUAGCUAAGAGUAGUUUGCAGCGUCGGGGAAUUGUCGAUGGCGACGGGGAUGAAGCCGGCGAGGAAGGCGAGGAACGAGAUGCCACGCCUCCUACUCGGGAUGACACCCCGCUGGGGAUGCUAAAUGACGACUCCCUCUGGACGAUCAGCAAGGCCGAGGCAAUCAGGCUAUGUCGGGUUUACGGGGAGGAAAUGGGGAUUAUGUACCCCGUGCUGGAGCUAGAGGAGCUACUGCGGCAGGUGGAGAGUCUCUAUGGGCUGUCUCCACGACUCCUCCUCCGGUCUGGGGAUUACGACGUGCAUAUCUUGCGGUUGGUAUUUGCGUGUGCGCUGACGGCGGAGGCAAGCGGGCGCAGCGAGCUGGCCAUGCGCCUGUUUGAGAGUGUGCGUGAUGUAGCGGACGAUUGUGUCUGGGGCCCGCCGGAUAUCGACCGGAUUAUCUUUUUGACUUUGGUGGCGAUUUUCUACUUUCAAAUGGACGAAGAGGCGCUGGCAUGGCGCACGAUCGGCCUCGUCGAGCGCAUGUGUCUGGAAAAAGGCCUCCACCGGUGCGAGACGCUCAGUCAUCCGACGGUGGUAGCGGCCGGCCGCGAUCGAGUCCUGCGGCUGUUCUGGUCCAUCUACACACUGGACAUGCGCUGGAGCUUCGGCACAGGGAUGCCCUUUUCUCUUGAGGACAGCGACAUUGACCCGUGGCUGCCCGAGCCCGAGGAAAAGACGCCGUACCUGCGCGUGAUGAUCCGGUACAGUCGCAUCGCGGCCAAGGUGUGGAAGUUUAUCUCCGCCUUCAACAACACCGGCGAGCUCAAAAAGGACGAGAUGAACUACCUGGACUGGCAGGUAUUGCAAUGGGCGGCCGCCAUCCCGGCGUCGUUGCGUCUGGGCGAUGACAGCCCAGACAAGGAACCGCGCAGCAUCCGCCGGCUGCGCUCGCUGCUGUACCUGCGAGCCAACCAGCUGCGCAUGCUCAUCCACCGGCCCGUCCUGCAUUCAGCGGGCCAUAUCGUGCGGUAUCCGGCCGAUUGCGAGACGGCGGUUGACCUGGCCAAGGACACGAUCCGCUUCAUCACGCGGCUGAACGAGACGUCGGACAUUUACCAGCUGCAGCAGGUUGCGUUUAAUUGGUUUCUAGUGUCCGCUCUGGCCGUUUUGUUUCUGGCUGUGGUUCAGGCCCCGAGCCAGUUCAGCAGCCGGUGCAAGGAGGAGUUCUACAUGGCCCUGGAGCUGGUCAAGGGGUUCUCCACGCAGUCGUACAUUUCCCGACGACUGUGGAAAUCGAUCAAGAGCCUGCGCAAGCUCGGGCCGCAGGUUGGGCUCCGGCAGUCGGCUUCUGACCAGCGUGUUUUGGCUGCUAAUCGGACAGUGGAUAUGGCGCCGGCCAGCAACCAGGGCCAGACACCGCAGGACGGGGCGCAGAUGACGCAGGAGCUGAUGGAGUGGUUUGAGGCCGUGGGGACGCUGGAGAAUCAGAUUAUGGGAGUGACGCAAGUCUUUGACGAUGGCAGUGGAAGGAUGGCCAAUGGGUAUAUGUAUGACUAUGGAGGGGAUCUGUCCAGUGUCAUGCGAGAUUUGUUUUGAGCCACUGCCAUCACAUCAUAUGAGACUGGCGUUGGAGGAUCUACAACUGAUGCGCCACCAUUUGACGGUGGAUGUACGGGUGUAUCAGUUACACAGGCAAAGCAAUCCCAGCCUUCUCCCACAACGCCUUCAGAUCCCCCGACGUCCAAUCCGUAACGAGCAUAUUCCCCGGCUCAUGCGCAAACACCAGUCCCUCGAUCUUCUCGCCCGCCAUCUCAACCGCCAACUGCGGCGUCACCCCACACGCCUACAUCGUUAGCUCACCCUAAUCCAGCCACAGAUGGAGUGAAACAUACCCAAAAAACAGGCACCUCGCCCUCC